GGUUUUAUGUGUUUCAUUAUCAUAUAAAUAGAGACGAGAAGCCCUAGUUCUAAAUCUCAUUUCUUCUCCACCGGUGGUAGGCUGCAGCAGCAGAGGAGGAAGCUCAACACCCAACAGGUAAAAUGGCUGUUCCUUUGAUGACCAAGAAGAUUAUCAAGAAGAGGGUGAAGAAGUUUAUCAGGCCACAGAGUGACCGAAGGAUAUGUGUUAAGACAAACUGGCGUAGGCCAAAGGGUAUUGAUUCCCGUGUUAGGCGAAAGUUCAAGGGUGUCACUCUUAUGCCCAACAUUGGUUACGGUUCAGACAAGAAAACCCGUCACUAUCUUCCUAAUGGAUUCAAGAAGUUCAUUGUCCACAAUGUCAAGGAACUUGAAAUCUUGAUGAUGCACAACAGGAACUACUGUGCUGAAAUUGCACACAAUGUUUCAACAAGGAAGCGAAAGGAUAUUGUUGAACGUGCAGCUCAACUUGAUGUUGUUGUCACCAACAAGUUGGCUAGGUUGCGCAGCCAGGAAGACGAAUGAGCUAUUAUUAUAUCUAAGAUCUAGCUAUGGUUUUUUUGGUUUUGUCUGUCAGAUUGAACAAGCUGAGAUGUUUUACAUCAUUACAUUUGAAACUGUUUUGUUUAUGUGAUUCUGUUUUUGAAUUCUAUGGUUAAUGAAUUUAGAUUUUAUUUGAAGCA